AUGUGUCAAAGGGAGUGCGUCUUCUUUGGUUUUAACUCGCAAACGAAGAAAUGUCGUACCCACAAGAAAAGUCUAACGUCUGAGCUGUCUGAGGAGGUCGGAUGGAGAUACUACUCGGAUAACGAUUGUUGUUUUUCUGCCAUGCCUAAAGAUUGUAAAGAUCUUUGUGAAGAAGGUCAAACUACUUCAGGGGUGUAUUAUAUAUACCCCUACAGUACACUAACAAUUCCAAUAAGUGUAUACUGCGAUAUGACGACAAUGGGUGGGGGAUGGACGGCCAUUCAGAAACGCGUAGACGGAUCCAUGAUCUUUGACAGGAACUGGGCGGAUUAUAAAAAUGGCUUUGGUUCACCCGAACAGAACGACUGGGUUGAAAACUCAUCAUCCCUGUACGUGUCCAUCACUCUCCAGAAUGGUACAACGCUGUAUGAAAUGUACGACAGGUUCUCUGUCUCCGACGAAGCAGGAAAAUAUCAACUCUUUCUUGCAGGAGCUGCUACGGGGACCUUAGAAUACCAUUUGCAGGUACAAUUCACAAAUACAGCAAAAAUUGAAUCUGAUAUUGUCAAGUAG